UUCAGCCGGCAGUAUGCCCACAUCUAUGCCACCCGCCUCCUCCAGAUGAGGCCCUUCCUGGUGAGCCGGGCCCAGCAGCAGUGGGGUUUCUCUUCCAGUCCCUACUGCUGGUAACAGCACUCCCCAGAGAUGGAACCACCACCUCAUCUGCUCACAGACUGGGGCCAGGAACCCAGACAGUGGCCCACAGUGCACGGCAGCAUUGCUCCUCACGGGCCUGGCUGUCAUUCUGGCUUCACCCUGAACACCUUCACGCAGCUUCCAGUGUGGCCAGGAGUCCUCUCCGGAGCUCGGCCUGGGCGGAGAAGCGCCUCUCCAUCCCCGCUUCCUGACAGGCCGGCCCUUUCUCGCCUGCGGCUCUCCCCUCUCCGGCUUGCUUCGUCUCCAGACUCCCUGGGGACCUCGGGGUGGAUGUCAUGUGCUUCAAGGGGCCACCUCAGCCUCCAGGGCCUCCUCCAUAGCCUGGCUUAGCUGCCGUGUGUGGCACUCGUCACAGUGGCUGUGCGCUCGGCCUGGUGCUCAGACCUGUUGCCGAGCCUCUGUGCCUCGGUUUCCUCGGCCACACGAGGGCUGUUGGGCUGGGGGACUCCAUGCACAGUGCUCGGCGUCGUCGCCUGGGGGUGAAUGCGGCUGCGAUGUUGGGGCCUUGGGGUCUGUGGUUCCUGUUGGCGCCCUCCUCAUCUUGUUCUGAACCACUCUUCUCCACUCCCCCGGGUCGACCUGGUGUAUGUUCUUGGUUAUUCCAGGCAGGAGGGAUUCAUGCUGCAGUCGGCGGGCUGAGGAAGGGGCUGGUCCCACAGCCACACGAUCCCAUCACCUCCCGUGGGCGUUCUCCCCAGGCCUGGGGGCUGACAGAUCCAGGGGCCUUUGGCAACCUGUGUUCUUCCUCCCUGCGCCCCCUGAGGACCAGCCUGUACUGUGCAUCCUGAUGGUCCCCGUGGUGUCCCAGGACCCCAGGCGCCUGACUCCACAGGGAGCCGACGGGGCGUGUGGGAUGUGGUUUGAUUUGGUGGUGUCUCUGUUUUCAGAGGAUGAAGCGUUCAUGGAGCUCUCGGAAGAGUCCAAACUCUUAAAGGAAUUUGUUAUAUUUUUCAGACAGGGCUAUGUGGAGACUGGGCACACCUGUCUUUCUAAGAACCAGUGCUCUAAUGUCGGUGUAAACAAGGUAGAGCCUGUGUUAGGGGCCUGUGGCUGCUGUAACAACAGAGCAGCUUAAAGCACAUUUCUUCUCCCGUCUGGAGGCCGGAGUCCGGGGUGCAGGUGUCACAGGGCUGCACUCCCUCAGAGGCUCCAGGGAGAGUCCUUCCCACCUCCUCCAGCUCCGUGACUGCUGGUGCUCCAGGCUGUGGCCCUGUCACCUCAGACAUCACCCUCUCUGCAUGUCUGCUUCUCAAACGGACCCGCCCGGGGCCCGUCCACAUCCCGAGUCCCCUGUCCCCCUGGGGCCAAGCAAUCCUUUAGGUCUAGGGGGUCUUUGCCCUCGGUGAACUCUCCUGGCAGAGGCAGGGUCCCUGGGCGACUGGGCUCUGGGAGGCCGGUUUCCGUGCCCUGUGGGGGGUGCCAGGAGGGCAGCCUGGUCUCUGAGCUCAGUUCUCGUGCCCAGGCAGUGGGGUCCUAGUGAGGAAGCUGUGUGAGCUGCAGCCCGCGGAGCAGUGCUGUGUGGUGGGGACCCUCUUCAAGGCCAUGCCGCUCCAGCCCUCCAUCCUGCGGGAGGUCAGCGAGGAGCACAACCUGCUCCCCCAGCCCCCCCGGAGCAAGUACAUCCACCCAGACGAUGAGCUGGUCCUGGAAGAUGAAUUGCAGCGUAUCAGACUGGAAGGCACCAUCGAUGUGUCCAGGCUGGUCACAGGGACAGUGCUGGCCGUGCUGGGCUCUGUGAGAGACGAUGGCAAGUUCUUGGUGGAGGACCACUGCUUCGCAGGGCUGGCUCCUCAGACGCCUGCACCACCCCUUGACCUGGACAGGUUUGUGCUGCUGGUGUCCGGUCUGGGCCUGGGUGGAGGCGGGGGUGAGAGCCUGCUGGGCACCCAGCUGCUGGUGGACGUGGUGACGGGGCAGCUGGGGGACGAGGGGGAGCAGUGCAGUGCCGCCCACGUGUCCCGCGUCAUCCUUGCUGGGAACCUCCUCAGCCACAGCACCCAGAGCAGGGAUUCCAUCAACAAGGCCAAGUACCUGACCAAGAAAACCCAGGCUGCCAGCGUGGAGGCUGUCAAGAUGCUGGACGAGAUCCUCCUGCAGCUGAGUGUGAGCCCGGGGCUGGCAGGGAUGGGGCUGGACACUGAGGCUGCGGCCGGGCACCAGAAGGCCUCGGUACCCGUGGACGUGAUGCCAGGCGAGUUUGACCCAACAAACUACACACUCCCCCAGCAGCCCCUGCACCCCUGCAUGUUCCCACUGGCCACCGCCUACUCUACGCUGCAGCUGGUCACCAACCCCUACCAGGCCACCAUCGAUGGAGUCAGGUUUCUGGGCACAGCGGGACAGAACGUGAGUGACAUCUUCCGGUACAGCAGCAUGGAGGACCACCUGGAGAUCCUGGAGUGGACCCUGCGUGUCCGCCACAUCAGCCCCACAGCCCCUGACACCCUGGGUUGCUACCCUUUCUACAAAAGCGACCCGUUCAUCUUUCUGGAGUGCCCGCACGUCUACUUUUGUGGCAACACCCCCAGCUUCGGCUCCAAAAUCAUCCGAGGCCCUGAGGACCAGACGGUGCUGCUGGUGGCUGUGCCGGACUUCAGUGCCACGCAGACGGCCUGCCUGGUGAACCUGCGCAGCCUGGUCUGCCAGCCCAUCAGCUUCUCGGGCUUCGGCGCCGAGGACGAUGCCCUGGGAGGCCUGGGUCUGAGCCCCUGAGUCGUGGAGGCGGCCUCUGCCCCUGCCGGGUCAGCGUGAGCAGCUUGUCUGUAAAUAAACCUGACGGCUAACUGGU